AUGGGUUCGUCGUGGCUCCGAAAUUUGGCAGGCUUUCAACUGACUGAAGAAGAAUAUCGGGACAUCCCUUAUCCCCGAACGGAGCUCCUUUUGCAUGUUGUGCAUCGAGCAGUUCAAGCCAGUUCGGUUCUUGGAGCAGUUGUGGUCGCGCCUAUAGUAACGUUGGGUAAAGGUAAUAUUUGUCCGUCUUUUCACAUGAGCAUUUUGUCAGGUCCUCGAGAUUUACAAACUUUGGCUACUCGUUGCCGAAGUUAUGCGGCUUACGGUAUGAUUCCAGGCCUGGUGAUUGGUCCAGUAAUUUAUUGGGGUCGAAUGCGCAAUCGGUCUGAAGAAGAAUAUUUUGACCGCUGCUAUCGAUUGCGAUACAACAAAGGACAGGUGCCACUUUUUCUAUAUCCCUUUUUAAUAUCUAAUGAGUAA